AUGGCGGCCUCCGCGAUAGAGGAAAGCGAAGUAGUGACAACCUUGUCGGUUACUCUGAAUAUUUCUAAAGAAGUAAUUGCCCAGAUUGCCAGCUCAAGUGAAGAUGCAGCUACCGUUCUCCGUAAGGUUAAAGAAGUUUUAGAUGAACGCGCGUCUAACGAUGAGAAAUAUCGCGCAGACAUGGCGAACCUUCGACGUGCUCGUGUGAACGCAGGUUUGUGAUUUCUAAAAUAAUUCUGGCGGUUUAACUCGUUUCAGAAAAUGUAGAAGAAAAUUGAAACGUGCGAAUUGUUGCAGUAAACUGAUGCGCAGCAACUUCCUCUAGCAGGACAUAUUUAAACAAAAACUUUGUCGACGUUCAUGCAGUCGUUCUACUUUUAAAAUGUUAAAGUUCAUGAAAAUAUAAGCUUAAGGUUAAGCUUAAACUAGAUUUAAGAGUAAGGUUUACUUUUGCAAGUUUGUUAAAACGAGAGAACAUCUUCAUAUUUAGCGUGACAAUCGUUGGUAACUUAAAGAAGUGUUCCUUUUUUUCGAAUUUUCCUAGGCCAGCAGGCGAUGUAGAUAGGGCAUGCACUGUAAUCACAAACCCAAGGUUGAGUUAAGUUAACUGAACAUGUGAAAGUUUUGCUUCCACAUAGAGCAACAGUUUAGCCAGAUUGAGAAGCAGCUCAUUUCGUGCAAUGCCAGACUUGAAUCGGAGCAAAAGCAACAUGCAAGACUUCAAAAAGAACAUGAGGAAACAGGUAAUGUGUAACCGGAUCAAAUGAACAGCCAACAAUGUACAGUGUAUAUAGGAAACGUUGAUGAUGGUCAAUGAAUUUGUUUAAAUGUAAAUCAAGGAUGAAAACUCACUGUUUAACUUUUUAUUCAUUGUAAUUUAUUUCUUUGUCUCAUUAUGAUUUGUUUCAUAUGUAUAGUGGUAUCACUAACAACUCUUCACAGGGGUGUCUCAAAAACUUACCUUGAGAAGUAAGACUUCAAAACAAGGUUUUCAAUAAGGUUUUAAGUAGGUGGCAAAAGCUUUGGAGUGGGCAGAAAAGUAAAAAACUUGUGCCAUAAGCACCAUUUGUAUGUGCCAAGGUGCGAGCUCCUGGUGGGGUCUGGGGCAUGUCUUGGGAAAAGAUGUUGAAAUCUGGACCUCUUAGAAUGCAUUUGCAGGAUUCUGGAGUAAAGAUGAGAGUGUCUGAACAAAACAUAGACAUCACUAAAUUUUGGCUUUUUUACUCAGCGACAGCACAUGAAUACUCAAUUUUUGUUAUUUUCCUCUUGCCAAUAGCCAUGAGCAAGAGAUUCUCUCUUGCUAUGAACCAUUGGCUCAGUUGCUGAACUAGAUUCUUGCAAUAAUCUUGAUGCUUUUUAAGCUGCAAAUGAACCAAUAAAUGACGGAAAUGUGAUUCUUUAAAAACUGGUGUUUGAGGAUUAUUAAACUAAAGACAAAGGACAUAUAUAGACGCUUUUCUUGAGGGCGAUUCAGGUCAAGCAGAGUUCUUUGUGUUUUCCUUGCUGUGGACUUGUCGUGAACUCUGCUUGACCUCGCCAUACAUUGAGAGAACGCAUGGAAAUUUAUGCACAUGCUGUGCUGCUUUGUCACCCAGACCCCACGGUUUUGGGGAAAUGCAAGUUGCUUAACAGGGUGUUUGGCUUUAAUGAUUGAAUGAAAGCUACUCAAAAUUAAGGAAAGACUUUUUGGCUUUUCUUGAACAAAACUUUACUGAUCCAAGGUUUGUGUUCUGGGGCGAAUGUUUCUCUGGGGUAAUUUCCAAAGAAAAGUAGGUGGCAAGUUCAUGUUAAAUAGCCGGCAAAUUUCACUGGCGGCCGGCUCUUAUUGAAACCCCUGUGGGACAAAAACUAAUGGCUGGCCCAAAAACUCAGACUUCAAAAAGGAAGACCUGUCAAAACCAAGAGUGCUAAAAAAGAACCACUAAAAUAAAGUAAAAUGGAUGCUUUAAAAUGAAACUAGGGUAUUUACUGUGAUAUGGCAAGUUGCAACAUUUCUAGCAUUGUCUACAGUGACGCAACCACUCGGUCCUACUCAAUCACAAUGAUUAGGUUCAACUUUGAGUUUGGAAAUCCAAUACAAACAAAUAUCACAGAUUGCAUUUGAUAGGUCAAUUAUUGACCUAUCAAAUGCAAUCAAACUAUGAUUGUCAGUUCAAUUAGGCUCAAGGGGUGACAGGCCACACAUUUUCACAGGCUUGAAACUUUUGAACAUUGAGUUCUCCUCCCCAUUAACUACUUUUCCAUCUCUGCUUCUGCUCCUGUCACUAAGUUUCUGGGUGGCUCCUAACCUUCAAGAUAGCAACACAUACAUGUACACUCGGUGAUGAUGGGAACUCGAGCACCAAUGGUAUACCUGCGCUACAGUCCAGCCUUACAGUAACAAUUCACCAAUAAAAAUAAUGAUGGUUGUGAGAAAAAUAUAUUUUCAUAGCACCACAUUUGGGCACAUUAACGCAAGUAGUCCUUCCCAUUCAAAACUGAGUGAAAACAGCAUCUUAUCAACAGUACAGCUUAAGCCUUUAUCCAUUCAUAAUCUUUGGAUAGUUUUCGAGGUAUUACUUUUUGAGGCAGGUCUUAGUCUUACAGGUCUUACAUUUUAGAGGUCUUGCAAAUGGAGGUCUUAGUCAUCCCUCUUCGCAAUGAAAAUGUUUUGCCCAAAGCAAUUCCACUUUAACCCACUUAUAUGCAUGUAGUUUUAAUAAUACAGUGUAUAUGUUUUUCUAGGGGAAAUUUACAUCUCAAAAUGCUCAAGUUUUUUCCACUUAUCUUAAAGAUGCUACAGAUGAGCAAAACUUAUUUGGUUGUACUGAUGAUAAUUAUGUUCUAUUCAACAUUUUUGUAGUUACUACCCUCACUGAAAAACAAAAACGGCUGCAAGAAGUUGAAAGCAUUAAAGAAGAUGCUUCUGCAAAUUAUGUAAGUUACAUGUAUUGUAUUAUUUGUCUUGUCUGUAAAAGUGAUUUUAUUCAAUGAUGGAAUGAUGUGUGAAUAAAGUGUAAUAACAGUUAUUGGAUAUGAAAGGGACUAUGUCACACUUCUUGCUACAUGUAUCUUUUUAAAAAGCUGAAUUGGUCUUCACAUCCAUUGAAUUCCAAAAAUUAUGGUCCAGUUCUGUUAUUUAAGACUUUAUUUAAGCAUUGAAACUGUGUCCUGUCUUAUGUUGUUAUCAGGGUUUGCACACAUCUUGAAAGGCCUUGAAUUUUAAAAUAAAAAUUCAAGGCCAUGAAAGUCCUUGAAAAUUGCAGUCUCUGACGGAAGGUCCUUGAAUUUCAGUGCUAAUUUUAUAGUUAAGUUGAACUCUAAAGAAAAAGGAGCAAACACAGAAAGACCUUCGUGAUAAAAUUACUCAUGUUGUGGAAGAACUAAAAAAGGAAUAGACUCAAAGCUCUUUUUUGCACUGAAUGGAGUCCUUGAAAAAUGGGAAAUGUGUCCUUGAAAAGUCCUUGAAUUGUUUGUUCAAAAGAGGGUACGAACACUUUGUUAUAAAUGGAUGGCAAGGAACAUGGACUGAAAAUUUUUGAAAAAUGGCCCAAUGUUUUUAAAGUGUUAAUGCUAAACCUUGAAAAAUGAACAAAAAAUAUUAUGUUUAGUGCUCCCUGAUGAAACUUGUUUGAUGUCUUCUUCAUAACUCUACAGUUAGCAUUUUUGUAUGCUUGGUAAAGGUACUAAACAGUGACAGUAAUAUCCUUGUGACAGAGCUAGCCGUUUAAUAUAUCAGUUUAUUAUAUAAACACCAAUGAAAUACCUUUAAUAAAGGUGCUAUUUUGCUGUUUCAAAAAGAAUUAAAAAAAAGUUGCGUUUUAUGUAGGAAAAACAUGAUAUCUUCACACUGGGGGUGUGAAUUUUGUGUAAAAAUGACAUGUUAUCUUCAGAUAAAAUUCGUAUCCCUGCACAGCCAUGUAAUAUCCUCUGUUUAUUAUAUAAGCACCAAUGAAAUACCAGGUGAGCUUUCGCGCGAAAACAUGAUAUCUUCACAAGUCAUGUGAAAAUAACGUAUUACCUUCACACGUGAAAUAUCACUGUUGCUAUGGCUACAUAAUAAAUCACUCCUUUCACAGCAAAACUAUUAAAGUGAAAUGGUUCGGUAUUUCAUUGGUGUUUGUGUAAUAAAAUAGAACAAUGGCCUCUUGGAAAUACAAAAUUUCUCUUCAAGUGUUGAAAAUUUUUUCAUAUUUUUAAACACUUGAAGAGAAAUUUUGUAUCUCGGAGUGGCCAUGUAAUAUCCUCUAUUUCAUUGUUGUCUUUUUAGUCAAGAGUUUCAAGACUCAAUGAACAACUUGAAUCUGAGAAGCUUGAAUUGCUCUCUAUAGUGGAAAGGAAAAACCAGGAGAUAGACAGGUUAAAUGGUAAGGCAACUCUUUCAUUGCAUUUUGAUUUUAAACAUCAUUGUGACUGAAUGAACAUUAUUUAUGAAAAAAGGUACUCUUAAUAAUUAUUUUUUAUACCAGUAAACUUGAUGGCCUUCAUUAAAUAAGUUGAGUUUUCUAAUGAUACAUACUAUUUGUAUAGAAGGUACAUAUAUUUUGGGGUCAAUUCAAUAAAACAUUUACAUGUACAAGUGUAUGUGAUUUACAAGUGUAGCUAUUGUUUUCAGACUUCAUUUAUAAUACAAUAAUUGCUACAAUUUUAAAUUACACUGUACAUUUGUAAGAGUUUUAUACAAUUGGCUCGUGGUAAUAACAAAGUUCAAAAAAGCUGUGAACAGCAUAGCCUGAGUUUUGUUAGCUGUGAAUAAGAGAACAAACAUGUAAGCAGUGAGAGAAGGGAAAACUUUGUUUUAGAGGGCUAAUGGUGAGAAGACCAGAUUGUCAGUUUGUUAAUAGUAAUACUUGUAGAACACCAUUUUCUCAUGAUGUAUUACACUUUUAGAGGUUGACAUAAAUAGGAUUAAAUAUAAUUUAACUUAGUUAAUGAUUUGGAGCAAGCUGUCCCAGCAGUAGAUUUGGCAUGGCAUUAGUGUUUAUGGACAUAUUAUCUGGGGUGCUGGCAGAUAUCUUAUUGCAUGCCAUUGUUGUGUUAUUGUUUUUGGCCUAGUUUAAGGGCCUCCAGCAUUUUGCUUUGUCAGCAGUUUCUCACAUGGUUUAUGCAUGCAAUACUCAGACUGUUCUGUGCUCAUGACAUUGUUUUCUCACAGUUUUGUCCUUCUCUUUCCCUUUCUUCUUCCUUGUAUCUCCCUGCAGUUAUGUGUUGUAAUUACAUUACUAAGUCGUUUUCCACUGAACUUCUUGGCUCUCGGUGACAGAUUCUAGGGAUUGGGGGUGGGGAGGGCACAUGGCUGGGUUUCAGGAAGGGCAGGCUUAUGGUGUGCUCCACAGACCUGUCUUCAGGGUGUCCAACCUCCAUUUGCAACUUUGGCACUGCCCAUCAAAUUGUACUCUAUUGAAGGCACCUUACAAGUACAGCAACAUUACUAGAACUAUGAUGUCACACUGAAGAUUUAAACUCUCAAUUUGUUUUUAAAUUGAAAGUAUUACUUACUUACCCGGCUCUGUAUUUGUGUCAACAGAGGAAUGGAAGACAAUGUCAGAAAAGCUUUCAGAAGCUAACUCAGUCAAGUGUGAAGCUCAGGUUAGUAUCAAUAGUAGUGAAAAAAAUGGAAGUUAGAGUCAGUACAGUGUAGUUGCACAUUAUAUAUUGUUUUUGUUUUUAUAUGAAAGUUGUGCUGCAGCAACUCACACAUUACUGUUAUGUUUUAUGAGUUAAGCCUAACUUUCAAUGCCACCCUUCAUGAAGAGUUAAUAAGGGGAGAUUUUGUUCAAGAGAGGUUUUGUCAAGAAUGCAAGUGUAUUUUCAUAGCUAAGUGGAACUAUUCAGAGUACAUAAAAUCUGAGCUCAUACAGUUUUACCAAGCCUUGCUCUGUGAUGCAGUGCAGCUGAGUCAUCAGAACCUUGAACCCGCAAUCUGGAGGUCUCGUACUUGAGUCCUGCUCUGACCAAUAGUUAGAUUAGUUUCUCACGAGUUAUGAGCUCAACUCCUUAGUUACUGAAUGCUUGUAAAUAACCAAUUUGUUGCUUCCUGCCACUGGGGGUUUUUAAUCCUUGUUAUAUUCUACAUUUUCGCAUUGCUUUUUUCAAGUAAUGUGAAUGAUCUGCCUGUGAACUAGCUAGGGAAGUUUACUGCACUUCCACUAUAAACAAUGAAUUUACAUUUUACAUGUACUUCUCCCUCUAAUAUAUGAUUAUGUCUUUGCUCUGUAGGCUAAACUAAAUCAUAUUGAAAGUCAAGAAACUUCAUUUAAGGUAAUUCUCACUUUUCGCCAGGCUAAUGAUCCAUGCUAUACAUGACUGUAGUUUAACUGUAAUGAUCUAUACCUGUACAUGGCUGUAGUUUAAAUGUAAUGAUCUAUACUAUACGCUGUACAUGGCUGUAGUUUAACUGUAGUGAUCUAUGCUAGUACAUGGCUGUAGUUUAACUGUGAUGAUCUUUUCUAGUACAUGGCUGUAGUUUAACUGUGUAAUGAUCUAUACUAGUACAUGGUUGUAGUUUAAUUGUAAUGAUCUGUACUAUACAUGGCUGUAGUUUAACUGUAAUGAUCUAUACUAUGCAUGGCUGUAGUUUAACUGUAAAUUUUUACUUUUUUCCUGGUAUUUUUUCUAUCCUUGACUUAGUUUCGUGAAAAGAGAAUUGAACAAGAAAAGGAGCUUCUUCAGAAACAGGUCACAUGGUCGAAUGAAGAACUCAAAACAAAAACUGAGGAGUUGGUGAACUUACGUAAAGAAAAGGUACCUGUACACUUACACAGUGAAAAGUUGGAACAAUGUACCUGUGUGUCAUUUUUUUGCAUAUCUAGCUUAAUUCAAUGUGACUGAAAAAUACAAAAUGUGCCAAAUGUACACCACUAUUGAGUGAUAUAUUUAAUAAGUCAUUUACCACGAGAUAAAAGUAGUUAAUGGAACAGAAUGCCUAAGGGGGGAAGGCUGAGUAGUGACAUUAACAUGUACUGGAAAUUUUAAAGAGCAUGGCAGAAGUGCUUGAGCUUCUCACGCCUCUCAUUGUCAUACUGUCAUCUAUUAAAUAUUUACGAAAAAUGUUUUCAGUGUUGUUGUUAAUCAUUGUUAUUUUACAGUCUUCCCAAGUGUUAGAACUUCAGACUCAGUUGGAUGAGAGGACUGAAGAGGUAUGAACUAUUUUCUUGUUGACCUUAGCCUACGUUCACACUGCACCAGAAAAAUUUUCAACCGGCUGAAAAAAUAGAAUGGAUAUUUCUUUCACACAGAACCAUUCAAUAUUUUUGCUCUCUUCACAUGAAACAUUGAAUGGCAUCUAAAUUUUGGUAUGGUUAAGGUGGUUCCGUGUGAACAGAACACCUUAACACAUGAAUUUUCAGCUGGUCAAAAAUUUUGCCCAGUGCCAUGUGAGUGCAGCGAUAGGUUAGUGAAUUAGUUAUAAUGCAUAUUUUAGCAUUUAAUUAUAUCAUCAUUGCCCAGUGUUUCUCCCUUUAUUGUAACAAAAGGAAGCAUGUGUUUAGCUGAACCCUCUGUUGUUCUUCUGCCAUUGCAGCUGUCUCAUCUCAGGACAUCAGCAGAAGCUUUGAAAGAGAGCAACACUGACAUGAGCAACAAGGUGGAAAGCUACAUGCAGAAAUUAAAGGAGGUAAAUCAAUCAGAUUAACCUUUAAAUUUUGCAGAUGGAUAUGGAUGCUGAUAAAAACUGAAUGGAGACACAUGUAGGAACUAUUUACAAGUUAUUAUUGUAAAUUUGUUCUGAGGUGCAUUUGUAGGUGGAGAUAAUACAGAAGUGAAGGCACUGAAGCUUACUGGUAAUUCAGUUGUUUUUUCAAAAUUUAUUUUUAGGCUCGUGAACAGUUGGUCAAGAUUGAAGAUCACUUCAAAACAGAACUGGCCUCACAGUCAAAGCUUGCAGUUCUCUAUAAGGUGAGUGGCUUGUCAGCACUAAGUUAAUUGUUGUAGCACGCAAAAAUCCUGCGGAUCAUGAAGUCAUUAUGAGGGAAGUAUGGGCGAGCGCUCUGUAAUUUCCAUUGUAAUGUUCUUGUCAAUGUUUUGAAUUAUGGUAAUUUCCAUUUUUUUUGGCCUGUUUGACUUAGUCAUGCUCAUUGUGUAUGGUUUGAAAAGAUCUCUUCCCCUUGAGGUGUCAAAGUUGUUUUUAACAGUGAAAACUGUUGCCAUCACAUCACAUUCAGUACAUAGGACGUGGAUCUAUACAGGUGGUUAAGGUGUGAAUGGGUUCAAAUGCUUGUUUUUGUUUCUGUCCCUGGGCCAGAGUUUAAACUACAGUAUCAUUAUUCAAUACUAUUUCUGAUACAUCAUUUAUUGUUGUGUCACCCCUUUAAAGUCCUUUUGAUUUCACAACUCUUAACCAUGGUCUUGAAACUCAUGAGUCUGGUCUUGUCGGACUUGAGACUGAAGACUCAAUUCAUGAAAGUUUCAGAGAUGGAGAUUCAAGUCCUGAAUCUUGAAAAUUGAGACACAAGGGACUGUCGACCAUAAAUUCAAGCAGUAUUAUACUUCAACAAACAUCAAUGAUAGUCCAGACUUUCUACUGUGUCGUCAUCUUACAGACAGUACUUAAUUCUAACAUCGAGUUGAUGCCUUUAUUAAUAUCUAGGAUAGUGCUGAUGAAGCCAAGAAGAAGAGUGAAGAAUUGUUGACAGCUUUUGAGGAACUUCAGAAAUUACUUAAAGAAGCAAAUGAAGGUACAUUAACGGUACAAUAUUACUUUCUGGACACUGUUCAAUAUUUUAAAGUAGGAAACAUACUUUGGAAAGUGAAGGAAAUUGCUUUAAUUCAAUUAAUUACAAUAAAUAUAGAUGACUUAUCACACCAUUUUCAGGUAUUCAGGCCAAUUGUUUUUUCCUACUUAUGACUUAAAUGUUAUUACAUGUACAUAGGUCGUCUUGAACUUGACAGUAGAUUACAGGAGCAGGAGAAUUCACAUGCGGAAAAGACUAAAGAUUAUGGUGAGUGCCUUUCAAUAUGCCAAAUAUUACCUCAGGGUUCAAAGAAAAUCAUUUUUACAGCUUGCCAUUCGGAAUCAUUUUUGCCCAAGUCAUUUCAACCUUUUCCAGAAUUGAUUUAUUUUCCUUUAUUUGAAUUGCUCAAAAAAGACACUGAGUUAAAAACAAAAUUUUAGCAAAAUUGAUGAUCGGACACUACUUUCUUUGCACGCUGUACCUUCUGAAUCUUUGAGACCUAUUCCAUUGUAUUUAACUCGAAGACGCUGAGUAAUUAUUGAUGAUCACAUAUUAACCUUCCACACGUAUAAAAAUGUUAUCUCAGGCUCUAUCAUUAUAUUUUUACAGAGGAGAGGUUGAGUAAAUUGGAGAGAGAGCUGGAGAAUGCAAAUGACCUACUAGCUGCAGCAAGACAAAGAGGUAAGAACAAAAUUGAAAAGAAGUGCUUGCAAAGUGUGAGCGACCACAGCUUUCUUGAGGAGUUUGAAUUGUUUAUCACUUAAGCUCAUUUUGGUUUUGUUGUAGAUAUUAUUUUUGCUCACUUAUUUUACCUAAAAUUUCACUAGUUUUGCUGUGUAUUCAUUGGCUUGUUUUAUCACUGUCACUUCAUCUUCAGGUGUAGCUCCUUUGACACCAGCUGAGCUAAGCACUCUUUCUCCCACUGCUGCAGCUACAAGUUCAUUCUUAAAAUCUGGAAUGACACUUACACAGGUAUGUACAUGCUGUAGUCCUUAAUAUCUAUUAUGUUAUAAUAGUGUCGAGGCAUGGAGGCGCAGGGUUCAAGCCUUGCCCAUUACAAUGUUUCCUUAGACAAUUAACUUUGCUCCACUUUGUCUCUCUUCACCCCGGGGGGGCAACCCUGUGAUGGACUAGCAUUCUGUCCAUCGGGGAGUAGCAAUACUCCUAGGCAUGCUUCGUGCUAAGGAAACUGGGAUAAGCUGCGGCCGUUUGGGCCUUUGGCUGGUGUAUGCCUUUACUUAUGUUAUAAUAAUGUGGCUCUAUCCAUACUGCAAAUUGUUGUGCAGUAUGUCACAAUGAAGUUGUGAUCUGACAGAAAGUUAGCAUUAAAGCCUAUUCAGAUGUACAUGUAUCCAUCGUGCAAGUAAAAUGUCACUAAAAAGGAGAUAUUAUGUUGGGCCUGGUUAAACAUUUUUAUUUGGCAAUUCUGGGUUGGAUAAUGUUUGAGUUAAAGUACUGCUCAAUAGUAUAAUAAUAUUGUAAAUGAACAAGCAUACUUUUAUGCCUAAUUUAACUUGAUUCAAACUCCUUAUAAUUAACCAACAACAGGUCUCUUACGUUUGAGCAGUGCUGAAAAAUGGUUUGUUCAUAUGCAUAAUGAUCCAUUCCACCGCGUGGUGGUCAUUUUUCACAUGCAGACCACCAGUGUUGACAUGCCUGACCCAUGCCAACAACAUAAAUCUUUUUUAUCCUGUUCUUUAGGUUACCUUGCAUGUUGUACAGUGUUGGUUUCUCUAAAUGAAGUGCUUUAAAACCAACACUGCCCCAUAUGGUCCAAUGUUGUUGGAUCAGUGGGGUUGAAUAGUGCUUUGGCUAUUUGUAUUUGUGUUGGCUCUUACACACCUUGUAAAGUGAGAUUUACAAGUCACAUUUUUACACAGAUGAAAAUGGAGGGUAAAAUGCUGCAGCUGGGCAGAGUCAGCCCAUUACAGAUUCAGCAUUAUGUUAAAAACUUUGCAAAGUUUCUCUUGUUGUAAAAAAUGGUUUAGUCAGAAUUCCUGUUUAUUACAGAUUUAUAGCCAGUAUGUAGAAGUCUCAGAUUCAUUACAGCAGGAAAAAGAUGAAAAUAUUCGACUAAAGCAGUACUUGGAUCAGAUACUAAAGGUAUAUUAUUAGUAGUAGUGUAGUAUUUCAUUGUUUUAAUCAAUUUAAUAGAGGCAGUCACGCAGCUGGUUGAAAUGAGUUCAUUUGUCAGGGACAUCUGAAAUCCAAAAACAAAUCUUUGCAGAAAUUGAAAAAAAGUCUUCUCCCCACAUGUAAUAGAUUGAAGGGAACACAGGCACAGAUUCACACUAAAUAAAUAAUAUUAAUUUUGCUUUGUACUCUUGUAGGAAAUAGAGGAGAAGGCUCCUGUGCUUCAACAGCAAAGAAGAGACUAUGAACAGGCUUUAAACAGUGUUGAUCAACUUUCCAGAAGGCUUGAUACAGCCCUUGUGGUGAGUAUUUUUAAAACAUGUCAGAUCAUUAGGGAGUGAAAUGUUUUCAUUAGACAAGGGGAUGCUCACUCUUCCUUUGCUUUGAACAUAUUGUCAUUUUUUAGGUGAACAAGUAUCCUUUAUCCUGGUUCAAUCAUACUCUACUUUUACUUAGUAUUCAGUACUUUCACAUUCCUGCUGUACAGCUGUAGUACUUUAACAUCAUUGAUUUUAAUAUUAUAAUAGUGCAUAAUUGUCACUAUGGUAGUCUAUGACAACAAUGGCAGUAACACCAACAAAGGAAUGUAAAGUUUAGUGAGCAAAGCCAUAACUCUGUUUAAAAUCUGUUCUUAGGGUAAACCUUUGUCUCUUGUGGACGGUAAGGCCUGGGAAAAAGAGGAAAUUGGGAAUCAAACUUGUUUGAAUACUGGCUCAACCUAAGAACAUAUUUAACCUACAGCUGUACGCUGUACAACAAUCACACUUUUUGGUACAUCUCUUUGCUAUCCACUGCACGACUUUCAUGUGAAAUGUCCCAGUGGCACAUUUCGUGUAGGACGUUAACUAAUGGCAGAGUUAAUUCUCUUUUUUUAAACUUGAAUGGAAUCCCCAAUAAUCUGAUUCAAGAGAAAUUCACCUACAUCUUGACAAAUUGAGCAAGUUGCAGUAAGUUUGAAGAAGUCUGAAAGAAUGCAAAUUCACAGCCUUGGAAAUGUUACAUCUGCUGUCAUGAUCUUGGUUGCAAGCUUAAUCCUUUGAAUCUUAAUUACAAGUUCCCAUCUUUUCUCUCUGAACAUUUCCGAACAUUUCCUGUAGGAGUAGUGGGAGAAGUUUUUGAAGUACCAAUAAGAUUCAUCUCUUGUGGUCAUAUUCUUACAUGUAAAUCUUUUGACUCCUCUGUGUAAUAAAGCAUUGAUUUUACAAUGGAGAAAUUAAGUUCUUGAUCACUCUUAGGGCUCUAAGGGUUAAGCUUCCUAUUAUUUAUGGGAUGAAAGCAACUUGUUAACCCUAGAAGCCAUCCAUUCUUCUUAUCAUUAUUCCAUUUUCUGUAUUUGAUUGUUUUCGUUGAUGCAAACAGUGACCCCUUACCUUAUUAUUGACUUAUUACGUAACUGUUAAUUGGGUUAAUUUUCACAGGAAAAUGAGGAGUCUAAAGUAUAUGCUGAUGAGGCUUUCAAGAAAAAUGAGCACUUGAAGAGAGAAAAUGACAGACUGAGGAAUCUGUCUGCUGAUCUUAGUCAACAGGUCUGUUCAGCAAAGUACAUUCAUCCACUUCCCAUAUCUUGUAGUAAAUUUACGCCUCUCUGCUUUGUGGUUCAUUAAUUAUCUCUCACUUUUAACCUUCAAUUUGGUGAUAAACUAUGAAUUGUAAUUCCUCUUGAGAAUCUAUUAGGAUGCAUGAAAAAGUGUUACCCACCACUUUGUUUAACAGUGAUACUCAUAAUCUGAUAAAGGUGAUCUGAGUGAGAAAGGUCUUUGUGUGAUAGCCUAAAGGCAGUGUAGUCUGAUGGUCAUGGAGCCAGAUUUCAAGUUUUGAGGUCAUGGCCAAACAUGGUUGUGAUGACUGAUUAUUAUUUUAACAGGUGCAAGUACUGUUAAAAGAAUGUGAGGAGGCAAGAGGAGGCGUGGUCAGUUCUGAAAGCAGCAUGCACCCCAUGUCAAGUGCAGAGGUGACCAGUUCAUCACAAGUUAUAUCAGAACAUCUGGUCACUUUCAGGUCAGUGAAACUACCAGUAGCUUAUGUUAAGGGAAGCAUUGAACACCCUACAGCAGCAAUGAUAUAUGCAACCACUAAAGAUACAUGUAUCGCAGAUAACCGUAUCAAUGAAAACAGAACUGGAAAUAACUUUUUGCCACUUGUGUGUAAAGUUGGAGAGUGUGAAGGGGAGGCUUAAAGGUAUUGACAACAUGAUCGAAUGAAGAUAACUAAUCUGAGCUCCCCUAGCCCCUGCCUUAGAGCAGCCAUUCUGUGGAUUUUUAGGUAACACUGUUUCAUUCCCUAUGGUCAAAUUUAGACACAAUUUUUGGAUGUAGUGUUGAGUAAAAUGCUUUGAGACCAUGUGAAGGCUGAUACAGUAGCACCAAUAAAUUUUCUGUCUUUGUUCUCUGUGAAUGUGCUAGCUGCUCUGUGCCUGCCAAAAAUCCUUGAUAGCUGACUUUCAGUGUGUUUGUAAGGAAUGUUUUUGGCUUUGGCUGUUGUUUCAAUGUUUGAGGUUGCAUGUAAGCAUGAAGUAGCUUCUACCUGUCACGUCUACAUGUGCAGCUGUAGGUCUACUGGCAUAGACAACAUCUUGUGAUGUAAUAGUUUUAUUAAGCAACUUACCGUUUUUGACUAACAGGAGCAUUGAGGAGCUUCAGCAGCAGAAUCAGAAGUUGCUUGGAGUAAUCAGAGAAUUAAGUGAGGAGAAAGAGAAAAGGGAAGGAGAUAAUGUGUAAGUUCAGAAGAAAAAAGCAGUUAGUUAUUAAGUCUUGUGUACUACUCCAUCAGGUGAUCAGAAAUUUCACCUUUUUUUUUCAAUGAUCUCAGUUUAUCAUCAUAAUUGCAAUAUUCUCUUAUUUAUGUUAUUCAGUGUUGAAGGGCUGCAGAAGCAGUUAGAUGUUUCAUUGAAGGAAUUAGAAGGUCUGAAGGAAGCAAGAGAAAGACAGAUGCAGAUGGUUAGUAUAAUUAUGUAGGUUGUGAUGAGUUCGACUGGCCAUCAGACUUGGUUGAGACACUUUGUCCUCCCCCUCCCCCACCAAACAAUUUUGUGCCGGUGCUCAAACUAUCUGUAGGAAACAACGAGACAAUGUUGGUUGGAGGGUCAGGGGAAGGGUCCAUAAUUUUUUUGUUUUCUAUUCCAUACCGCAUUUGACAACUGUGUCUCAACAAUUAUUUUUGUCAGCAAGGUAGUGAUAUUGAUCAAAAAAUUAACAUCCAUACAGGGCUGCAAAUAAUUUCCCGGCUGGAGCCGGUCAAAUUGUCCAAUCAAACCUAUUUUUGCUCGGACAUAUCCCAUCUUUGGCCGGACAAACAUCGAUUACGUCUUGUUGCUAUAAAAGUGCCCCCUCCUCCCUUCACAUGAUGUUAAUUUAACCAACUGCCUCGCUUAAGUGGAAGGUGGGUGCCUGGGAUACCCAGGGGCUUCCACUGUGGCCAGCCAGCCCCUAGAUAGAAAAACUGCCCCCAUGGCUGGCAAAUCCCCGCAACCCAGCCAUGAGCCCCCAUUCCAGGCACCCGUCACACUGAUCAAACAGUGGAAGGAAGAAAAAUAGGGAUGGGAGGGGGGGAAGACGCUAAAUGAACUGCUCCACAGACCACUGCACAAACGCUCGAUGAACAACUCGCAGAUCCUAGCCAUGUACAAAGCUACCACACACCAUGUGAGCCUGCACUUAUGGGAUUGACCGCUGGAUGCCCGCUACGCUCGUGGGCCGCUUGACCGCUAAGCUUGUAGACCGCUUGACCGCUAAGCUUGUGGACCGCUAGACCGCUUAACUUGUGGACCGCUCAACUGCUAAGCUUGUGAACCGCUUGACCGCUAUGCUUGUGAAUUGCUUGACCGCUACGCUUGUGAACCGCUUGACCGCUAAGCUCGUGGUGGUUAACUUAGUUAAAUUACAUUUAACCAAAUUUAACCAACUGCCUCGCUUAAGUGGAAGGUGGGUGCCUGGGAUACCCAGGGGCUUCCACUGUGGCCAGCCAGCCCCUAGAUAGAAAAACUGCCCCCAUGGCUGGCAAAUCCCCGCAACCCAGCCAUGAGCCCCCAUUCCAAGCCGAAGGGACUCUCCGAGCUGACGCAGCCAGAUCGGGAGAGGAAAGAGGGGCUCAGGGCUGGGGAAGCCCUAUUUGAACUACCCAAGUCCCGAGGCACCCUACAAGGACAACUAGGAAAAGAGAAAGAUACGCAAGAAAAUACCUGUCAAGUGAGAAGGCUUGCUACCCCCACGAUAGUACUGACGGGAGUGUGAAUAUAGAUCUGAUACGCAUCGCUGGACCAUCUGCCAAGUGUCUUGAUGAGGUGAUCUGGUAAGCCACGAGAGGCUGCUGAAGUAGCAGCGCCAAUGCGGAAGCUAUGACCGGUGUAGCAACCAGUGACCCCAGCAGCGGAGAAGAUAGACUGAAUACUGGAUGUCAGCCAUUGGCGAUGUAGAGGGGUGCCAUCAGAGAGAAGGAAGAGUGGGCCAGGAGUUGAGCCACGGACGUGUAGAUACUGGGUAAGGGCGCGCACAGGGCAGAGAUCACGUUUACCAGCACCAAUGUAAAUAUGGCAACCUUGGCGAAAGGGGUCCGUCUUAGAGCACUUAAUAUGAAUCCUGAAGCUGCUAGGAUUGACUAGGGAAUCUGCUUGGACAUCACUGACAGCAAGGUGGAUGUCAGGAUUGAAGGAGAGUUGACAGUAAACUCACCCGCACGUAAGAAACCAAAAACCCGAGACAGCAGGCAGCCCAAAGCAUUGUAUGGUUGUAGUCAGAGAAGUUCAAGGACUGGAAGAUAAUGUGCAUCAGCUCGAUUGUGAUGGGUUGGCGCUGACGCUUAUUUGAGCCUUGGUGACGUUUGAUGCCCCGCAACACCCGCUGUAACCGAAGGCAACCAACCAGCGGAGAAGGAUGACCCUCCUCAAUGUGAAGGGACCGAAUUGCUGAAAGGUAAACCUUUAUGGAUGAAUGGUGAAGAGUAUCAGCAAGAUGACAGCAGAAACGGAUGAGCACGUCUUCACUGGCUGGAAGAGCUGAUCCCGAAGGAGACAGGCUAUUGUCCUGAGCACAGAAAUCCAAGAAGCGGCGUUGGGCAGAAGCAUAGACUUUCCUAGUGGAGGGGGCAAGACCCUGAGUCAAAUAGAAGUGGUAUUUAUCUGACAGCGAAGAUCCAAGUCCGAGAGGAGCUGCUGCGGAAUCUGGGUUGGAAUGGAGUCUGCAAGAGGAGCUAGCCGGCGAAAACGCUGAAACUGAAAGCGAGACAGGGAGUCAGCAAUGGGGUUAGACUUCCUUCUAACUGGGGAGGCAGUGAAGGAGAAGGAGUGACGAGCUGCCAACAGGGACAGAUAGCGAACCAAGGACAUGAUGGUAGGGGCUCUUGAAGUGCCAGACCGCAAAAUGUCCACCACUGAGCGGUUAUCUGAUAGGAAGUUGACCCGUUUGGAGGCCCACUGGGGGCCCCAGAGGUAAGCUGCCACGACGAUAGGGAAAAGUUCCUUGUACUCGAUAGACUGAGAGACCUGUGAUGGGAGCCAUGCACCUGAAAACCAGUGACCCUGGAAGACUGCUCCAUAACCAAGAGCCCCAGAGGCAUCUGAAGAAACCUCGAAGUCAGGAAUUGGAGCCCACUGGGGGUACUGAAGAAAGCUGCAACCAUUCCAAGACUGGAAAAACUCUUGCCACCAGGCUAGGUCAAGAAAGAACUCUUGAUUGAGACGAAUCGGGUGGUCAUCGCGUCGAAAGGCACAUAGUAGGUUAAUCAUUCGGCGCAAGAAUGAGCGACCUUGGGGUACGACUUUGCAGGCAUGCUGAAGGUGACCUAUUAGGGACUCAGAUCCUUGCGUUUACACCAACGCUUUUGUGACCAAUCUUCCAACAAGGCAGUUAUCCUAUCAAAUUUGUCCUGAGGAAGGCGUGCCAGCAGAUUAAGAGAGUCCAGUUCAAUGCCCAGGAUGGUUAGGCACGUCGACGGCCCUUCUAGUUUGUCUGGAUGGAGGGGGAUGCCAAGCUUAGAAAAACAGUUAAUUGACCUGUCCAGAUUAUGUUGACAAACAGAGGAGCCGGGAGGGCCAAGAGUGUGGAAGUCAUCAAGGUAAUGCAUCAGGAAGGUGACAUCGUAGUUUUGCUUGGCCACCCACUCCACUAAGUCUGCUAUACAUGUGAAGAUAUAUGGAGCUGACCUGACACCAAAAGGCAGGACCAUAUCAACAUAAAAGGCACCACGCCAUUUCAUACCCAGCAACUGGCGAUCUUCUGUAUGGACUGGCACAAUACGGUAUGCAUUUUGCACGUCAAAUUUCGCCAUGAGGGAACCACGCCCCAGCCGCAUUAUGCCUGCAAUAAUGUCAUCUACCUUCAUGUACUGCAGAGAAUAAUCCUCGCCCGCAAUUCCGUCGUUGACACUGUGCCCGCAGGGCUAGACAGGUCCAGGAUAAGACGCCAUUUGCCAGGUUGGUGGCGUUUGGGGAUGACGCCGAAACGACUCACGUGGAGGACAGGGAGGGGAGGCUGGGAGAAGGGGCCCGCCACCCUGCCUGACUGAACUUCCGACUGCAAGUAAUUGUCAAUGACCCGAGGGUUCAGGAGUGCUGAAGCCAUAUUCCCUGUUGCCGACUUCAGGGAAGUACUGUAAUUGAAACCUAGGUGAAAACCAUCGCGAAGGCCUUGGACCACAUAUGCAACUUUGUCUGGGUUAGGAUGAUGACAGAGUUCAUGCUGGAAUCUAUCCACAUUGAUGGGAGUAAGCUGAGAAACUGGUCUUAAAGGACAAACAGCUGGAGAACACAACAAAGAACUGGAACUUGGCAGACCCUGCUGCUGAGAAGGUAACACAAAAGGAGAACGCAACUCUAACGCUGAAAAAUUACCAUGAGAACCAACGUGAACAGGAACAAAACUAUUUACAGUUGAAUUGGCUAGAGGUUGCCUAGCGACGGCGGAGACCCCCCUUUGACUGAGAAGGGGAGCGGGACCGUUCUCUCCGCGCGGACCGGUGAGGGCAGUGGAUGCGGGGGUGGUCCCCGUGGCACGAUUCACAGGAGUGACGAAACCGACAGCGACCAAAGGGCCAGCGACAGCGCCCGUCGUUCCAGGAGGGCAAUACUGGCUAGACCGGGGAUUGCCUGAAGACCCAAGAGGCUCUGAUAGUGACGAGGCAGAGGAAGUUGAGGAGCCUGAAGCAGUUGAGGUGGUCACUGGAGAUCUGGUGUGAAAGUUGUAGAGGUCUGGGUGCAUGCGAGACCAGUCGGUUGAACCUGAGGCUGCGGCUUCUUUUCGGAAGGCGAUGUCGUAGUGGAGCCACGAUUUGUCAGAAAAGCGCCUUGCUGUCUGGAUGAUGAGUAACUUGUACUGAUUUAAAUCUUUCCAGCGAGAGGGGAAGGUGUGGCAAAGAAUCAUAGAAAAGAUUGUGAAGGCUUCAAUCCAGGUGAUGAUGUCUGCUAUUUCAAUGACCCGUUUCUUCGACCCUGAUACCACCAGUUUUCCCUCCAAAAACGCUUGGGGUUCGAUUUCUUGAGCUCUGAUGUUGUCCGGAAGGAGGUCAGCCAAGUCUACAAAAAGCCCUGCGGUAAUUUUAGAAACAAGCUUGAAGGGGACUGGAGCAUAGCCAGGGCCCACCACAAAUGCUUUAUUGAGGUUUGGAAGCGUAGAGGACUCGGUUCCGGUCGCGCCACCACAAGAGUCCCCAACCACUACAGGCAAGUUGGCGGAGGACGUGGCGGGAAGAGAGGAGACUACCGAAGGACCGCCAGAUGAGCUGUACGUUGAAAUAAAUGAGGGCACAACAAGCGUACCUGAAGACUGGGAGGUAGAGCCAGGGGUACUGGAGCUAGAGGAUGCCGGAGACUGCGUAGAAGUCGAAGUCGAGGAGAGAGGAACAGACGCCGCGGCCGUGUUCGAGUUCCGCCACUGGAAUCUCGAAGGGAAGAUAGCAGCGGAGGGAGCGAUUCCGCGAGAGCUCUUGAAAUUGCCUGGGCUAGCGCGUUGGUGUCCGGCAGGGAAACAGGUUGACUUGGCGGAGAAGCCGAGGUGUUAACUGUAGGAGCUGGGGUAGAACCGCUAGAAGAAGGCGAAGACGCGGUAACCGGGGAAGACAUCGUUGACAGGCUGUUGUUCGUGGUACGCAUCCUGAACGAACGUGACGACCCGCACGCUUUGAAAAAUAAAUGAAAAAAAAAAAAGGAUACAAGAAAAAGCACACUGUAAGACUGACGCUCAAAGAUCGCUAAAAAAAAAGGCGAAAGACGCUAAAUGAACUGCUCCACAGACCACUGCACAAACGCUCGAUGAACAACUCGCAGAUCCUAGCCAUGUACAAAGCUACCACACACCAUGUGAGCCUGCACUUAUGGGAUUGACCGCUGGAUGCCCGCUACGCUCGUGGGCCGCUUGACCGCUAAGCUUGUAGACCGCUUGACCGCUAAGCUUGUGGACCGCUAGACCGCUUAACUUGUGGACCGCUCAACUGCUAAGCUUGUGAACCGCUUGACCGCUAUGCUUGUGAAUUGCUUGACCGCUACGCUUGUGAACCGCUUGACCGCUAAGCUCGUGGUGGUUAACUUAGUUAAAUUACAUUUAACCAAAUUUAAAUAUGAAACAAGUAAAUUUUCAAAGCAUUUAUUAUACAUGGGCAUCGAUCUCAAUGCAGGAAAAGUGGAAAGCAUGGUACAGCAAAAGUGCGUCCUACCAUUGCUUCAGUUCUGCGUCUUAUAUACGGUUAGUUAUGAAGUUGAUGAAAUUGACUGAGGCUUGCAAUCUAGUUGAUUUUAAAUGUUACCGGAAACAGGGAAGCUAUUUCCCUAAGAUGCGUGAUUGAACUUUUAAAAUACAAUAAUGGAAGAGUUCUUUUAGACAUCCGAGGACAUCAUCUUGCGGAAACGCAGUUUGGACAUAUAACAAGGGAACCCCCGGAUGCACUGGAAAGGGUUUUUGAAGACGUUGAUGACUAUGUUCACAUGUUACCUGUUAAACUGAACUCGUUACAUACCACAUUGACAACAUUUGUAAAGGAUUAUCGCAAAUACAAUUUCUUUCUAAUCCAUUGUGUUUCGCUCUGUCAACGGUGAAACUUACUGGAUUUGUGCUUCAGUCAAGUUUGAGAAGAAUUUUUCAAAUAUUUUGUUUAAACAACCCACGCAUCAUGCGUGACACGUAACACAAUGAAAUCUGCAGUCAAUCGUUUGAGAUGAAUUGCGUAUUUAGACCUAUUUAGGCCAGGUAAAGUUUACAUGUUGUCAUAUCUGAAUUUACUGCCAAAAAGGUU